AUGCCCUGCGCCCUCGGCGUCAUCUCAGUGACUCUCGCUGCUUGCGCGGGCGCCACGCCCCUGCGUGGCGCCGCCACCGCCGCAGAGGUCGCGUCUCUCUUCACUUCGACGGGUGACGCGCCGACGGAGCAGGAUGUCCUCGACUGUGUGCAGAGAGGGUGGUGGGAGAGCGCCACGCACCUCGUGAGGCUUGCGCACGACCGAGGGCUCGCGGUAGACGAGAUGUCCCAGGUGCUUUCCGCAGCGACGCGGUCGCGCGACGAGGCGUCAGAGGUGCUGUCGCUGCUUCGGUACGGUGGCUCGGUCGGCGCACACGCCGAGGAGACGGUCGUGGCGUGCGCCUUCCAGUGGGCGCAGAGCGAGGGCGCUCUGCACCUAAACGUCAAGUUCUCCUCUCGGAUCGACGGGCCCGUGACCGUGCUCAACGUCGACAACGAGAAGGUGCGCUUGAGCGAGAGACGGCUCGACUUCUCGGCGACCGGACGGCAAAAGCCGAAGCAGUUCACCCUCCAGCUGGACCUUCACGGCGAGAUUGUGCCCGAGAGCAGCAGCUGGUCCUUCGCGUCGGUCGGCAGAAUGACCUUCACCAUCGCCAAAGCCGUCAACGAGACGUGGCCGCGCCUCCUCAAGGACCAGUCCGCGCGCCCCACGAACAUGCAUCAUUGGGUCGAGAGGCAGGCUUGUCCAGAGCCAUCACCGACACACGCGAGCUUGGACGCCGAGGCGAAGAAGUCGCCGCCUGCGCCCAAGCCAGCGGCAGAGGGCAAGGCAGACGCCAAGUCGGCGGGCGACGCCAAGCCGGCGGACGGCGAGGCGCCGGCGGCGGACGAGAAGGCAGCGGCGAGCGUGAAGCCGGCAACUGGCAGUGGCGACAAGCAGGAGUUGUAG